GUUCAUCCAGCGAUCGCGAGUAUACACGGGCCUGAAUACAUGCAUAGCCCUACACCGAAAACACAUAAUACUACCGAAUAUAUUGUCCGAACAUAUAUCUAGUUCUACGAGAUAACACCUAAAAUUCUGGAUUACAAGAGCCAAGGAAUUCUUCAGACUGCAAAGUCUGCAUACACCAUGGUGUGUUGUAGAUGAUAUUCCAUCAGCGGCAGAAAUGGGCUGCCUCGAAACGUUUUUAGGAAUACUGAGCCUCCUGGCGUUCGUACGCGCAAAUACACAACUCUUAUUCGCAAACCGGCGCGAUGUACAACUCCUCACCGUGCCCGCUUCCAACUUCUCACAGACGUCUUCCGUCACGGUCGUCGAGGGCCUCCAAGAUGCCGCGGCCGUCGACUUCCUCUACUCACAAAAUCUCAUAUUCUGGACGGACGUUAGUUUGGAAGCAAUCAAAAGAAUGUUUAUUAACGGCUCCGAUGUCGUUGAGGACGUUGUUACGACGGGGCUCGUCGCCCCGGACGGACUCGCCUGUGAUUGGAUGAGCCAAAAAUUAUAUUGGACUGACGCUGAUACGAACAGGAUAGAAGUCAGUGAGAUUGAUGGAAAAUCAAGAACUGUUUUAUUUUGGAAAGAUUUACAUUUGCCGAGAGCAAUAGCGUUAGAUCCGGAACAUGGGUACAUGUACUGGACUGACUGGGGGGAAAUUCCAAAAAUUGAGAGGGCGGGCAUGGACGGCAGUGACCGGGUGGCUAUAGUGACCGAUGGUAUUUAUUGGCCCAAUGGGCUGACCAUCGACUACCCUAGCCAACGUCUUUACUGGGUGGAUGCAAAGGAGAGUUUUAUCAAAAGCAGCGAUAUGCAUGGUUUAAAUCAAGAGAUUAUUUUAGAGGGGAAGGGGGAGCUGGAACACCCGUUUGCUCUGACCGUUCAGGAUGAGUGGUUGUACUGGACAGACUGGGAGACUCAAUCAAUACACGCUUGCAAUAAAACCACCGGUCUGGAGCGAUGGGUCAUCCAUACCGACAUAUCGCCGAUGGACAUCCAUGUGUAGAGUGGGGAGAGACAACCUUCCAAUUUUUCAAAUCCAUGUGAAGAGGACAAUGGGGGUUGUUCGCACCUGUGUCUGCUCUCUCCAUCUGAAAGGGGAUACUCCUGCGCCUGUCCUACCGGGGUCAAACUCUUGGAGGAUGGUUUCAACUGUGCAAAUGGUGCUCAGGAAAUGUUGCUUCUGGCUCGUCGUAAAGAUAUCAGGAGGAUAUCACUCGACACACCAGACUACACCGACAUCAUCCUCCCCCUCGAAGACAUCGAACAUGCCAUCGCCAUCGACUACGAUCCCAUUGAUGGUUAUUUAUACUGGACAGACGAUGCAAUCAGAGCAAUUAGAAGAGCGAAGCUUGAUGGUUCAGAGAGUGAAUACGUGAUCACCAAUGACAUCCUACACCCCGACGGGAUCGCUGUGGACUGGGUAGCAAGGAAUCUGUACUGGACAGACACGGGUAACGAUCGUAUCGAGGUUUCGCGGCUCAACGGUACCUCCCGGAAGAUGAUACACGCAGAAUACAUGGACGAGCCUCGAGCGAUUACGGUUGAUCCUGUCAAUGGUUACAUGUACUGGACGGACUGGGGGAUCGUUUCAAAGAUCGAGCGUUCAAACCUGGAUGGAUCCAACCGCACCGUCCUCGUGAACACCUCCCUCGCUUGGCCAAAUGGGAUUGCAGUGGAUUUUGCGGAGCAGAGGAUAUACUGGGGAGAUGGCAUGAAGGAUAAGAUUGAGAUGAUCAACGCGGAUGGAACGAAUAGAAGGGUUCUCGUCUCGGAGGAUAUUCCACAUAUAUUUGGCUUCAGUUUGUUGGGUGAUUAUAUCUACUGGACGGACUGGCAGAAGAGAACAAUCGAGAGAGUUAACAAAGAGGAUGGAUCGGGAAGAGAGAUCAUCAUCGAAUCCCUUCCGGAACUCAUGGGGCUGAAAGCCAUCACCAUGGAAAAACAGAUUGGCACCAACACAUGUGGGACAAACAACGGAGGCUGCAGUCACCUGUGUCUCUACCGCCCUCAGGGGCAGGUUUGUGCCUGUCCGAUGGGUCACGAGCUCCUCGCCGACGGAAAGACCUGCAUCGUCCCGGAAGCGUUCCUCCUCUUCCUCCGAACUGAAGACAUCCGACGCAUCUCCUUGGAGACGACUUACAAGGAUGUUGAGAUUCCGCUUAGCGGCAUUGAGGAGGCUACAGCAUUGGACUUUGAUAUCUUGGAUAAUAGGAUAUAUUGGACUGACUCAAAAGCAAAGAAAGUGACGCGUGCAUUCAUGAACGGAACUGACCUUCAAGAUGUCAUAGAGUUUGGCCUACAGCAGCCUGAGGGGUUAGCCGUUGACUGGCUUGCCCAUAACAUCUACUUUGCCGAUACGGGCAAGAGACGCAUCGAAGUCGCCCGGCUGGACGGGAACUCGCGAAGGGUCAUCAUCUGGAAGGACAUCGUCAUGCCCCGGUCACUAGCGCUUGACCCUAUGGAGGGGUAUAUGUACUGGUGCGAGUGGGAUGGUGCCUCUCACAUCGAGCGUGCCUACAUGGAUGGGACUAACCGAGAAAUACUAUACCAGGGCGGUCGCGCCAGCGGUCUUACCAUCGACUAUGAAGACCGGAGGCUCUACUGGGCAUCCUACGACACCAACGCUGUUGAAUCCAUUAACAUGAUCGGUGGAGAUCAUAGGCAUCUGUUCACGGACGAGCUCCCCCACCCGUUCGGAGUGACGCAGUUCCGGGACUUUGUCUACUGGUCUGACUGGGAGUCCCAGACCAUUGAGAGGUGUAAUAAGACCAGCGGAGCUAACAGGACCAGGAUCCAAGGUGGCUUGGACUAUGUCAUGGACAUUUUGGUCUUUCAUUCAUCAAGGCAGGCCGGCUGGAACCCAUGUUCGGAGGAGAACGGAGGAUGUGAGCAGUUGUGUCUCUCUCACCCCAACGAAACUAGCAAUGAGUGGGACUAUGUGUGCGGAUGCAGCACUCACUACACAUUAAACCCAGACAACAAAACCUGUUCACCUCCAGAGAAGUUCCUCCUGUUCAGCCAGCGCAACUCCAUCAGUCGUAUAACCUUUGACUACAAGGAUAGUCCGGACAUCAUCCUCCCGAUCCACGGCGUCCGCAACAUCCGACGGAUCGCCUACGACUUUGACGAGAAGCGAGUUUACUGGAUAGACAAGAGCAGUAAUGAUAUCAAGAGGGCGUAUGAUAAUGGCAUUGAGCAACGUACCUUCAUUGCCAAUCCUGGCGGGGGUGCGCCCUUUGAACCCACAGACAUGGCCAUCGACCCUUACAGCCGCCUCCUCUUCUGGACAUGCGCCAAUCAGAGCACGAUCAACGUCACGCGGCUCAACGGCUCGGCAGUGGGUGUGGUCGUAAGCGAUAAGCUUCAGAAGCCACGCCUCCUUGCUCUUAUGCCGGAGAAGGGGUUAAUGUUUUGGACCAACCACCGUCUGUUACCGAAGAUCGAACGUGCUGCCCUCGAUGGCGAGGACCACAUGGUCAUCGUGACGGAGGGUCUAGGUCGGCCACGAACCCUGACUGCUGAUUAUCGCAGUGAGAGGAUAUAUUGGAUUAGUCAAGAGCUGGAUUAUGUCAUUAGUACUACAAUCACAGGCAAGGAUGUGCUAAGACUGACCGUUGAGUUAGCAAGUCCAGUUGGUCUGACCAUCAUGGAUGACUAUCUCUACUGGGUUGACCGUAAGGCUGAGGCGGUCAAGCAAGCAGACAAGCUGGAUGGAAACAACCAGUACAAGGUCAAGGGUCAGAUGGUGAGCUUGACCGAUGUCCUGGCGGUUGACGGCAAUUUGAUAGAAGACCAUCCAUGCCUUUUUGACAACUACGGAUGCUCUCAUCUGUGUAUCAUCUCACCCGAUGGGGGCGCUAGAUGCUCCUGCCCUCUCAACUUGGUCCUGGACGAGGACGAGAAGACGUGCGUUGAACCGCCGACCUGCGCACCGGACGCCUUCAGCUGUGUGUCGGGGAACAUUGCAUGUAUCCCGAUUGGCUGGCGCUGUGACGGGUUCUCAGAAUGCGAAGAUGCCAGUGAUGAAAUGGAUUGUGUCGAAUGUGAUGUUGGCGAGUUCAAGUGCAGCGGGAUCCAGUGCAUCGCUCUUUCUCUGCGUUGUGACGGGAAGCCCGACUGUCUCUACGGUAACAGCGAUGAAGAGCAGUGUCCGCAGUGUUCCAACCCGCAGUCUUUCCCUUGCCUGAAUGGUCAGUGUGUGGUCAAGCAGGGUACGGAAUGUGAUGGGAUCAUCGACUGUGUGGACGGGAGCGAUGAGCACGCUGGCUGCUACCUAUCACCUAGCGACAUACCACCCGGCUACACCCCGCACGGCGGGAGAAGGAUGAACACCGCCCUCGUUGGUACGUUGGUGGCAGCCUUCUCCCUGGCCAUCAUGGUGAUCGGGACCUUCUUCCUGUGUCGGCGACGUUGCAUCCAGCAAUCAGGAAGCCAGGAGGAUUAUGGGACUCCGACCGACCAGAACUUCUCGACAGUCCUCAUGUUGAAUCAGCUUGGCAAAGAACACAUCACCCACAAAUACCUCAAUUCGGGAAGACCCCACCCCAAGUCCACCAACCUCAACUCCUGCUCAUCCAAAGUCUCGCCGAAGAGCGGGAGCGGAGGGGAGAGCAGCACGUGUUUCUACGAGCGCAACCUCCCCACGGGGGCCUCCUCCUGCUCCUCCGAGAUGUUCAGCUCGACGGGGACCAGUAAUUACCCCAAGGAGACCCUCAACCCCCCUCCCAGCCCCGCCACGGAGCGAUCCCACUGCACCACGGAGAUUUACUAUGCCCCCGUUCCCAAUCCAUCCCUCAGUAACUUCAGACCUUAUAGACAUCACAAAUUAUAUUCCACCAAAUAUAUUCCACCUCCGCCGACGCCGUGUUCGACGGACAUCUGCGAAGACAGCGAGCCCUACUCAAUGGGAGGGGCCGCAGCCGCGCCGCCAGUGCCGCAUCAUAAAUACACAAACAUUUCAAAAUCACGGCGGAAAAAGGGCAAGUACAGCCAUUCGAACAUUGCCAAUCCGGAGGCGGUGAACUAUGAUUCUGAACCCUAUCCGCCCCCGCCGACGCCGCACAGCCAGUACUUAAGCGACAAUUUUGACAGUUGUCCGCCGUCGCCGUCGACGGAGCGGAGUUUCUUCAACCCGUACCCACCACCGCCCUCCCCCGCCACGGACUCAACGUAGCACAGAAAGAAAGCACAAAAGAGACUUUAUAUUUUCUACAUGCACUUGGAAGAUUUUAAUAAACGGGUUAUUUCAUCGAGCGGAGACCAUAUCGCUUCUGGAAAGUCUUUGAACUAUGACCUACAUGAAGAAAGACAGUUGACCUCUAACCUACUUUCAUGCAAAAGGUCAAAGAACUUUAUGAGCGGUCGAAGGAUAUGAGAUUUUUAUUGCACUGACUGGGAGAGCCGGCCAUGACUAUUGUUUAUAUUAAAAUCUAUAUCAGGGAUAUACAUAUAUGAUAUAUAUAUUUUUUUUGUUUUAUAUAUUGUAUGCUGGUGGGAAAAAGACCAAGUUUGGAAGCGUUGUAACCAGCACGAAUUCAAGCAUCUCAACUAAGCAAGUUUAUUUAUUUCUCAACUAUGUGAUUUUACUUGUAAUGCACCAAUGACAACUGCUAGCUACCCGCUGUGAGCAUCCGUCAAUUUGAUCAGUCCUGCGUUUGAUACAUCGUUUUUUUGUUUCGUCAUCGUUCGUUGAAUUGAAUCGUCAAAUUUCCCUUGGAGAAAAUCGUUUAAAUUUUUCAAGAAUGUACUUGCUUUUCAUGUGGAUAAGGAUUUGUGUCGCACCAGGAUGUAUUUUGGAAAAUUCUGUCAUUGCAUCCAACUGUGUUAUUGCAAAUGUAAGGAACCGACCCAUCGUGAGCAUUUGCUUUCAUCCAAUCACGUACAAGGAUUUCAGUAGCUUAUAACAGCGAGCAUCCUACAAAUCUCGGGGUGUUGUGAUUGAUACAUCAUUUGAGAUUCAUCAUCCUCAGGUUCCUGUCAUGUUUGUUCACUUACUGAGAAAAUCGAUAAAUUCAGGAGUAUGCUCACUUAUCGUCUGGAUCAUCAUCAGCGUGUCAGCAAGAUUUAAAGGAAAUACAAACUAGCAGCAGUCAUGUAUAGCACCAGCUCAAGUCCUCAACUACACAAAUCUGACCAGGCUUCUUACCCACAAUCCAGUAUUCUUAGCAGAGUAGUCUUGUAAUACAGACCAUCAUAAAACUGUGUAAGUUACAAAUGACUUCAUGCACGACUGGUGAUCCUUCCUAAAUGAUAUCCUUAUGUAACUGAUUUACAUGUAGCACUUCAGAACAUGUUCCAGUCUUGCUUAAAGUUGUGCGUAACUUUACGAAAAGCUUUUUUAUGAAACACCACCCCGGAAUGAUAACACUCUAAUUCGUAAAAUGUUCCCAAGAUGUUUAUAGCUGAGUGAUUACCAAAGCAGGUUAUAGCAAUCAAAUACCCACCUCAUAUGAAAACAUAGAAAGGAGAGUCAAUGAACAAAGAUGUACUUUUUAUUUUCACCCAGUACUAGACCUCAUAAAAACCACCUCAAUCUUUAUCUUUAAUCACGAAUGUAAUUUUGUUCUUAAAUAUGCACUACUUAGAGAGUUGCCAACUAUUACCAAUUUUCAGUCAUUAGUAAUGAAAAGAAGAAUACUAAUGAUUUGAUGCAGAAUACUUAUUUCCAAAGUUUCAGUUUAAUGUUCUGUCCUACGCUAUUUCUUUGAAAAUACAAAUUUCCUCAUCAAUUGAUUUUCAGCUCUUAGAAUACUGAAAUGUUCUUAUUCAGGUCAAUAGGUCUGUACUUAGAUUAUAUUGUAGGUUAUAACAAGAAUGUGACGUAUGUUGGCGGCAUUCUAAUAUUCUGUGGUGCUGUAUUUUGUUAUCUUUUUUUUUUAAGAAGACACGAGGUAAAAGACUUCAUGUCAUUGAGAACAUGAUUACAGAUCAAGCCCAUAAUAGUAAAAAAUGUGUGAUUAUGGAAAUAUUUUUAGACCGUUAUAUGAGAGAGAUAGAAAGAGAGAGAGAGAGAGAGCAAAAGGGGGGGGGGGCAGGAGAAGAGGAGAGACACAUACACACCAAGAAAAGGAAAAGAGAUCCACUCUAUAUGAAAUUAGUGAUGCUCCAAAUCUGAUCCAAACAAAACUUCACAAUCGAGAAUUGUUAGAACAGUUUCUAGACAUAUCACCAGAAAUAUAUUUGGGGUAUAUUUUUGCCCAGUUCUGUAUUCAUUGAUCUCCCUUGAAAUAUCUGUUUUGUUAGACUAGUAAUAUAUGAGCUUUACUCCAUUCAUUAUUUAUUCCCAGGGCAGCCGAGUUUUCGACAUUUUUGUUGCAUCGGUAUCAUUAUAUUAUUAUUCAUUUUGAAGAUUGCCUUCUUGUUUUUACAUUUUCUCAGAUCCUUGUUGCGUUCUUCCUCCCCUUGGCAAUCUUUGAAUAUAUAUUCAGUUCUUUUUUCAUUUCUUUAUAUCUUCUUUUUUGGGGUUUUACCUCCGAUUCAUGUUUCUUUUGAGUCUGUCUUUCUUUUUUUUAAACCUGAGAGUUGCAUAUCUCUCUCCAGCUUUCCCCUUCUCUCCCUCUUGUCCCUGUUCUCUUCCAUCAGAUAAAGCUUUCAUUCUUUUUCCACACCUUUACUUUUUGCUUCCUUUAAGAAAAAUACUUUUUUCAUUUAACACCUAUCUUCCAUGCACACACCUUUGUUUUUUUGUAUUUGUAUUCACAUUAUGACCUGACAAUCAGUCUAAUAUUUUUGUUAUGUGAUGAAAAAUAAAGUUAUUACCGUGAAAUUCUGCGUUUCUGAUUUCCUAGACCUUUUUCACAUUAACGGAUUCAGAAAUGCGUAUUUUACAGUGCCCUUUGUUUGGUUGCUAUAACCGAGAACAAAAUAAUACUAAAAAUUGCUACAUGUAUGAAUGUUAAGUUUUAUUCAUUAUUUCUAAAUGAAAUAAUAAGAUUUUUACAUUGUUCUAAGAGCUAGACACUCUUUUCAACACUCUUUAUUCUUCCUCCUCCUCAUUUGUUUUCUUACUAAACUUUUAUAACUUGAAAAUAAUCAGUGAUCACCCCCAACUUAUUAAUAAUUAUGAGUACUAGGAGGACACCCCUAUAAAUUAUUUUCAGUACACUCUUUGAGAAGUACAUUUUUUAGUACUAAAGCUAGGUUGUAUGUAAUUAUUAAAUGUUGAUGAUUUGCCCCUAAAUAUAUGUCUACCUCAGAAAUUACGGUGAAUGAUUGUAGUUGCAAAUUCUAUUUGGAUUUCCCUUCAGCUAUUGAAAUCAAUGGUUAUUUUGCAAUGUGGAUGAAUAACUGAGUUUUGGUCAAAUACUUGCAGACUGAUCAUUACUUUGGAGUAAAAUUAUGGAGACAAUAUCCCCAUGGUAAAGAAGUGAAUUGAAAGAUGUUAAAGGACAAGUUCACCCCAACAAAAAAUUGAUUUAAAUAAAAAGAGAAAAUUCCAACAAGCAUAACACUG